AUACUCUGGUGAGACUGUAAAGAAAGAGAAAAAAACAGAUAUAGAUACGUAUAUACGUGAAGAAUUUAUAAGAAAAAGAGAGAGACAGAUGAAGAUAGCGAAUGAUAAUGAUUAAUUUUGUAAAUGUGGAGUCAAUGUUGGACCAACAUUUUAUUUACAACUUUUAUUAUCAAUUUAAAGAUGAAAAUAAUUCUAUGGAAUAAGUUGAUCGAUGAUUCUAUCUUGCAAUAAAACGAUUUAAGAACUUUAACGUGUCUACGAUAUAGUCAAUCAAUGUGCGGAGUUUUAUGAAUGAAACGAAAAAAAACAGAAACGAGUCAAUGAUCGUCCAGUGAUACUCGACAUAAAUAAUUUUACGAGCGAUACUCGACGAUCAUUGAUCGAUUCACAAAUUCGUCUUAUUCAUAAAAUUCUUUCAUUGACGAACUUUUUCGUCGAACUAUUUUCAUUUUUAAACGUGUAUGAUCGAUAUUGAGAUACUGUCCAAAAAAAAUUAAUACGCGAGUAUAAAGAGUCCACCCAAUUAGAAUUAAAAAAAACAAUUAUAAUUCUUUUCUUUCCCCUCAUUACCUGCCAGAUAUCGAACGAUCUUAAAAACUAUCGUAAAUGAUUUUCUUCUAAUUAAAGAUACUCACGUGUUCUGCAAAUUUAAAUAAAUGCUCUUCGUUUAGACGAUACCACCGCUUAAAAAGAAAAUACGAGAAUCUCUAAGUUCUCUCGCGCUUUCGUAUAUAAUUAAAGGAAGCAACAGUGUCAUCAACAAGGCAACUUAGAAUGAAUGAAGUGUUCUCGUUAGUUGUGUUCCCAAAUGCGGAUUAGCAUUAAUUGUUGUCAGUUGAUAUCGUUCGAAAGACGAUUCAUUCGACUAUCGAUUUUAAUGAUAAUCGUGUUCACUCUCUAUCUCUCUCUUUCUUUGCUUCUCUCCUUUUAAUCAUUUUUCUCAUUCUCUCUUUCUUUCUUUCUACAUUUUGUGUCGUUCUCUCUCUAUUCGUCGAUUAGAAAAAAGGUGUAAAAGAAUAUAAGUUACUUACAUAAAAUAAUUAUCGACAAUUACUGACGAUUAUCGAUGAGAACUGAUUACUGUAAUAUAAACGAUAAAACGUUUCCUAUUUUCUUCUUUUACAUUUUUUUUCAUCUUUUUUAUUGAAUUACCCGUCUUCUUUAUCGAAAAUUUCUAGAAAAAAAAAAUUGAAAAAGAAAGGGAGAGAGAGAAAAAGAGAGAAAGAGAGAGAGAGAGAGAGAAAGAAAUAGGAGACGUCGAAAUUUCUCACCUUUUUUUCGAUUGCUCUUACAAUUCCUCUCCGUUCUAAUUAUAUAUUUCAUUCCUCUUAUCUUUCGACGAAAAUGAUAAUCAUAUCCUCGUCGUGAUAAGGUUUCUAUUACUAUGAUAUGCUGCAUAAUGAAAGAAUUUGUUUCUUCUUUCUAUAUUCUUUGCACACAUUCCAUAUAUUAACAGCAUUAACACACACAUAUCCACACACACACACGUGCACACGUAUGAAACUGAGAUAUCCACACAUACAUAGAAAUACACACAGAUAAAAAGAGUGAGAGAGAAUAAGAAAGAUUGUAAGAGAAAAGUAUAAAAAGAGAUACACAUAAUUUACAUAAAUACAUGCAUAAACAUAUGCACACACGAACUAUAGUUUCUUUCUUCGUAGUGCACACUAUUUGAUUCUGGCGUUAUCUCGCGUGCGUAUUGUAUAUUAUAUACAUAAACUUAAUAAUUAUUAUUCGCGUAUUAAUCUCCGAUAAAGCACAGCUCUUUAACGUUUUAUCUUACGAGAAAUGGAUGACGUUAAUUGGGCGCGUGUUAUCUUUACGCGUAUAUUUGUAAUAAGAACAGAUUGAGCAUGGAUGCUAACAAUAUAAAAAUUGUAUCUGUGCUGCCAUUAGCGUUAAAAAUGAGAAAAAAAGAGAGAGAGAGGGAGAGAGUGAGUAAGUGAGUGAGUGAGUGAGUGAAUGAGUGAAAAUGUAUGUGUGAAAUUUAAACAAAGAAAGAGAGAAAGAUAGAGAAAGAAAGAGAGAAAGAGAGAGAAAAGGAAGUGCGUGAAACGGUCGAAAAGCCAAAGUAUAUAGUUAAAACAAAGUCCCUUACAUUUACAGGCACUCAUACGAUCGCGAAAACACACAUGUGUGUGUAUAUAUAUGUAUGUAUAUAUAUAUACAUACACGCAUACACACACGUAUAUAUAUACGCAGUUGAUACUUUCAUGUCAUACUUAACACAUAACGGACACACACAUAUACACACGCGCACGCAGCAUAAUUUACGUACCCGAGAUGUAAUCGUGUAAAAGCCUUUUAAUCCCAAGCAAAAAGAGUUCGUUUCGCGGUCAAGCAUGAUUUUAGGAACCUUCAUGUCGAAUAAUUAUUAAUUAGCAUUCUCAUUCCAUAUAUCGUGUAAUCGAGAUAUCGAGCGGUCGCGAGCAGUACGUAUUUAGCGUGAUAAAACAAAAAAAAAAAGAAAAAAAUAAAUAAAACCAGAAAUAUAAGAGGAUAAAAUGGACCUACAAAGAAUAUGGUUCGUUAGCGUGUACUACUGUGUAUUCGAAUGUGAUCGAUUUGUUAAUUAAGAUUGUCAUGUUUCCUUUAAGUUGUGCUUUUUAAUGUUAUCAUUAUCAUCAUCGGAAUUAUUAACAUUAUUGUCAUUUAUUAUUAUUAUUAUUAUUAUUAUUAUUAUUAUUAUUAUUAUUAUUAUUAUUAUUGAUUAUUGAUUAUAUUAUUGAUUAUUAUUGAUAUUAUUAUUAUUAAUAUUAUUAUUAUUAUAAUUAUUAUUAUUAUUACCAUUAUUAGUAUAUUAUUAUAUUAUUAUAAUUAGUUAUUAACAUCGUUAUUGUCUUCGAUCAUGACAUUUGAACAAUUUCUUGUUUCUAGUCAAAAUCUUCUAGUCUCGUUAUAAUUAUUCCAUCGACACAUACGAUCCCAAAGCGAUAAAAACACGCGUUGCAGGAACAAUACGAUCUUGCGAUAUAUAGAGAGAGAGAGAGAAAGCGAUACAUUACGCCGUACAACAAAUACAGUAUACAGUCCGUAAAUAUGAGGUAAAUGUUGAUUUGUUUAAAUAAAUGUAAGUUUGAAAAUCCACCGUGAGUUUGUAUUCGCGCCAAAUCGAUUCUGAUUGGCCCUCGUGUAAUUUUCGUAUUUCCAAGUUUAUAUUGAACUUUUUCAUCGAGAUAUUUUCUUGAAAAAUUUUACGAAAAAAAGAAAUCGAGUAAAGUAUAAUAAUAAUUAAAAAAUAUUAUAUAGUUUUUCGUUCGAGAAAUAAUAGUCGAUAAGUUAGGAAAUAGUCUUAUCGAAUAUUUUUCGUGUGCGCGAGUAAGAACGAUGACGUAUCAAGAUGGCCGACCUCAACAAAGAAUUAAACGAAUAUCUUCUCAGUAACAAAAAUGAGAAACAGUUUAAAAUCUCUGUACCCUCCGUAACAUUACCGAAGCCGAACAUUGGGAAAUGGCUUGGAAGAAACACAGAUGAAACGAAGGAAGAAACGGGAUGGAUUCAAGGAACACAAAAAGAAUGUUGUCCUAGUAUGACGAAAAUGCAAAGACUGAUGGGCUUUAUCUUUUGCUUUUUUAUGGAAUUAUUAUGCUUUUGUCUUUCGGCCAUGUAUAUCCCUUUACUUCUUACAAAAGCAAGAAAAUUUGCUUUGUUAUAUACUUUAGGAAAUUCAUUCUUUUUAUUAAGUUUCUGCUUUUUGUGGGGUCCGAUAAAUUAUCUAAAAUCUCUAUUCACGGCUGAAAGAAGAUGUUUUACGAUAUCUUAUUUUGUAACAUUGAUAGGCACAUUGUAUUUUGCACUCCACUUACAAUCAACACCAUUAACAGUACUUUGUGCUGUUUUACAGAUAAUUGCUAUGUUAUCAUUCCUUUUAUCAGGUAUUCCAGGUGGAACUACAGGCCUAAUGUUUUUUACCAGAAUGUUCAAGUCAUCUGUAAAUUCUUCUUUACCUGUAUGAUAUUAUUAUAUUUUAGGUAUCAAAAACUACGUAUUUAUAAUAUAAAGAAAUCUUUCUCUAAAAUAUCUGUGUCUAUAGUUUUCAAAGACUGUAUUAUAUUGUUCUAUCAUUUUUAUGUUGUAUUGUGUAUACCAAUGCACAUUCUUGUUUAUAUAUGUAUUUCUGUAUAGGAUAUGUUUUAGAAGAUAACUUUUCAAAAUUUUCAAAAUUUUUUAUUUUUAAUACGAUCAUUAUUGUACAAAAGCAAUAAUGUUAAAUAAUCAUAAAUAUCUCAUAUACAUUUAUUUUAACAUAUAAUUAGGUAACAAAAAUAUUAUAAUUAUUAUAAUUGAUUAUUUAUGUAGAUUAUACCUCUUAUUUUUAGGAACUUUAGUAGCUUUUGUUCUAUUAUUAUUUCCUCGCAAUUGUUUUACUUUCAAGGGUAGAUACAUAAUAUUAUUAGAUUUCUUGUUAGAAUUCAUUUUUACAUCACUUGUAUUAUUUUUUCUUUUUCUUAUUACUUCUUUAGAUUCGUUAACCUUAUCUAAAGAAAAAUCGAAAUAUCUCGUGCUUUGUAAACUUGAUACAUUGUUAUCAUUAUCAUUAAGACUGACAUUAGUUAUGGAAAUAAAAUCAGUAUUUUCCUCUUGAAUAUUACUGGUAUUACAGGUUGCAUUUGGUGGAAUAAAUAUUCUUUCUUUGCGUGAUGAUCUAAACUUAUAUACAUUUUCAUCUGGGAUUAAUUUGUUAACCUCAGAAGUAUUUUCUUUAGGUACACUAUUAUUUACUUCAGUGACAUCAGAUAUUGUACAAUCUAAAGCUUCAUCAGAGGGGAAUAUUUGUAAUGACUGUGUUGAUGCAGGAUAAUUUUUAGAUAUUUCCAAUACAUUAUUAUAUAACGUAUAAAAAUGAUGAUCUGAAGAUAACACUACUUUCUAUAAUCAAAAAUACAUUGAAUUUAGAUAAAA